CACGCAUUUUGUUUAUUCAAAUUCGGCGUAAAGUGCGUAACAUUUGCAUUUGACGAACGAGACGUAUCUCUGGCACUCCGGCACCAAUCCGUGGAUAUUUCAAAGACACAGCCCGCCAUUCAUUGCCGUCUAGGUGGCGAAAUUAAUUAAAUAUCCCUCCUCCUGCCCGAAGGGCAUCCGCAGUCGAGGACUGGACACGCAUCCUGCAGGAUGCUCCCUGGACUGGAAGCAGGACGACCUGAGUUGCCAUUUAAUAUCACCAAAGUGGCUCACCCAUUCGUCGGGUGUCGCAGAGAUGCACAAAUAUAACUAUUUUUGACAAGAUAUUUUGCAACCCAGCAUUCCAUUUCAGGACCCUGCUGCUCCCAGCAUUUAAGCACGGGUAUGCGGAGACUUUAAGGAAAUGUUUUUUCUCGUUUUACCAAAAGACGAGUCACUGACGGGUUUUGAGUGUUGCGAACUCAUCGGCGCGAUGCAGGGUGAGCUAAAAAAAAGGAUAAACUGGCAGCACUUACGAGCUUCCUUCUGAGCUUUGUUGUCUAUCCAUCCAAGUAUAUCCAUCCCCUUGUGAGUGCAAGCCGUGUCCUUUAUGGCAACGUUCAAGGGAGGCAUUUGCUUCCGUUCCCUCUGCUGCAGCCACCGCCCACCGCCCAACUGGCGGGGCAACUAUGCGGUUGCAACAUUCUGCUGCCUUUGAGCCGCCCAUCCUGCACAGCAGCACAAAUUAUGUGGGUGCACUGAAGCAUGUGAGUGCUGACAUCGAGUGGGAACGCAUUCUUGGCCAGGCUAAGCCCUCUGCUGGCAGCUUAUCUGAUGUAUACCUGGGAUCCAAGUCGUCAGCAUCCAUGAUGCCAGCUGACAGACUUUAAAAGCUAAUAUUUCAAGUUGGAUUCAACCUGAGCAGGCCCUUAGAUACACUUCCCUCAUCCGGAUAGACAUAUAGACAGAUAGCCACAGCAACAGCUCGAAAAUGAUGGAGAUACGGCGCCUGGAGCGCCAGAAGCGUUUAUUGGCCAUGCGGCAUGCGGCUGCAUCACUGCCCUCCAGCCAGGAGAAGGAGUUCAAUUUGCGGCUGGUGGAUCUCUACAGGGAGCAGCCGUGCCUGUGGAAGACCUCGCUGCCGGCGUACAAGGAUGCGGACAUGAAGCGCAGUUCCUGGGAGAAGAUUGCCAGCCAACUGGGCAGUCAUCUGAGUGCCGAAUUUGUGCGCUGCCGGAUGCGCAACAUGCGGUAUCAUCUCAAUGUGUACAAGCUCCAGAUGAUCGAGCAUCAGAUGACCAGCGGCGAGGGAAAGCCGCCAGAGAAGCUGUACUUCAUUGAUCGCUUUGCCUUCCUGGAAGCGGAAGAUGGAGCUGAGCAGCCGGAUGAUCAGGAAGCCGAUCCCAGCGCCAAGCAACAAAAUGUCCCGAACUCCGAGAGGUUCGCCCAACUCUGGUCGGACUUUAAUCUGGAAUCCCUGACCAAGAGGGAAUCCCUGACCAAGAGGGAAUCCCUGACCAAAAGGGAAUCCCUGACCACUGAUGCCAACAGUGCGCGCCAUUACUCGGGAGACAGAAUUGUCGAUAUGGUCAAGAUGCGAAUGGAUGCUCAGAUAAAGCCGGAGUUCGACAGACCGCGUCUGAAAAUUCCAGAUCUUAAGCAAAACAUCAACUGGAAUCGGGGAUUGGGCCACCGCCCGUCGUCCAGCUCAAUGGGAACUCUGUCCGAGACGUUGCCCACACUGCAGGCACGUCCUGGUGAUUCCGUGUCCAAGACCAAGAUGAGCCUGAUGGAUCGGAACGGCGAGCAGCCCACGACCUCCAGGAUGGCACAAUCUGCGCUGGCCACUGCCGACCAGUCGGAGGACGAGGAGCUGUACAACGUGCACUGGAAUGCCCGCAAGGAUCAGAGGUCACUGCGUCCUGGGCAUGAGCGCCGCCAGAGGUUGCCAACGCGAUUGCGUCCUUCGCAGCCCAACGAGCCCACUCCGGAUAUAUUUUAACCACUUUAAUGCGCACCAAUGUUACCAAAUUGCUUUUAUUGUGUUGAGUAAACGGGAACGAAAAACAGGGACCAAAGGACAUUUUCGAAAAGAAACUAUCAAUUUGUUUGCACAAUGUACGAUGCCACCAGCCGAGAGAUGCCUCAAUCGCCCAUCAUAACAAUAGUCAAGGUAAAUGAACUAAAGUAUUAAUUAUCCGGAGCCAAGAUAAAGAGCAGCGAGUUAAGAAAGCCAAAAUCAAUCACCUUCUUGGCAAGCUGUCCAUCAAAAUUUGAAUGAUACACUUGCCCACCAGUCGACCUACUGCUCCAUUGAAUAGAUGUGUGGAUAAACCGCGGCAACCUGUUUCGCCAGCCGAAGGACAUCCACUUAGCCCCACUGGUGUCGAGGGCUCCUUUCAUGUUUGAUUAAUUAUUGAGUCUGGCCAAAUGAGCCGGAAAGAUACGGCCCAAACUCGGCGAGUCCGGCAAUGAUUUAUGGAAACUUCACGAUUAUGAGGACGAACAGUCUGUAGGCUGAACUCUUGCCGCAAGUCCAGAGACCACCAACGAAAUUAGUUCUACGCUGCCAGCGAAAAUCACGAAAUUACUUCCAGAAAUUACACACACAGCUUAACCCCACAGACACUUCCAUCCCGCAGAGGGACCCAAUCCCAUUCCCAUCCUUAAUCCCAAAUUCCCACACCAGAUGCGGUGCGCAUUAGCGUGAAAAUUUAAUUUAAUUUCUUCCAAUAAACCCCUUAAGUGCUCGCCUUA